ACCUGACUUCCACAUUCUUUAUUAUACGUACACGCCUUCUUUUCCCAUUUCCCUUUCUUUUUCUUGUUGUAACAUUAGUACCCCGCCACGUCAUCGCACCUAUUUCCACUCUCGCAAUGGCUACCGCUGUCGCUUCCCCUUCCUUACUCUCCCCUAUUCCUUCUACUUCCAAACGCUCUGCCCCUUCUCCUUCAUCAUCACAACCUGUCAAGCGUCCUCGUCAAUCUAGUUCAUCAUCCAAGGAUGAGGACGAGGUAGCCGCAAGUGAUGAAGAGCUGGAUGAAGAAACUCGUGCAAAGCUGGCCCGCAAAGAAGCUAGAACCAUCCGUAAUCGCGAAUCAGCUCAAAGAUCGCGUAACGCCCGCAAAGCCCAUGUUGCAUGGCUAGAGAAGCGCGUAGUCGAGUUGGAGGCAGAAAAUCGCUCUCUGAAAGGAGAGCCACCAACGUCGACGGAUCCGGUUCCGACUGCGGCUACGCCCGAGCCCGCCGCACAGCCUCCUGCGCGAGAAGCUUCCACAGAGCACGACGUAUUGUCCUUCGCCAACGACCUUGGUAUCCCAGCAGAAGUUGUCAGCAGUGGUGUAAGCUUGUCGAACGUCGCGCCUCCUCCAUCGAGCGUAGAUGUAGACGUCAAGCCCAUCAUCGAGCCUUCACCUCUCACACUCGCAUCGCCUGCUGUGGUGUUGACCUCGAAUGACGACCUAAUGGCAAUCAAGACGGAGAACGCAAACCUGAGGCAAAGAGUAACAUUGCUGGAGAACCUCGUUAAGCAGGUCGUGGCCAUUGCCAAUUUCAGCCCGCCUGUCCCUUCUACAUCUCAACGAACCCCAGUCAACCAGUUUGCAUCAUUACCUGCGCAAUCGUCUCUUGAUUGGUCGUCAACGCUCUCGGCGACAUCCAUUCUGCCUGCUGGUCUUUCUUCUACCCUUUCGCCUGGCCUUCCUGCCCGUAACUCUACUGUCUCCACCACCUCGGCUUCUCAGCUUCCACACCUUGCCCAGACCUCUCAACCGGAGCUGGCGUCUUCCCGAAAUGUAUCGAACUCCGUCGCUUGCCACUCAGCAGUAGUGGCGACUACAUCAGCACCUCUUAUCAAAGGGAGGCUUGGUGUGGCCCUGCAGCGGGCGAGGGGGAAUUAUUCGAUGCACUCUUUGGCGUUGGCGUUGGCGAAGGACGAGAAGCGGAUGGCGCAGGUAGCGAGGUUAAUCAUCGCCUUGGCGAGACACAAGGGCUGGAUAUCUCACCCUCAACAAUCCAAUCAGUCCCUGAACAUGGCGUGGAAGGGAUGCUUGGAAGGGAGGAAAUGCAGGCAGCGGUCGAGAGUUGGGAUGAGGCGAUGAAGGCGUUGAUUGAGGAUCUUGAGGGAGGGCAGAAGGAGGAGAAGGCCGGUGACAGAGAGGAAGAGCUGAAAGGGAUGGAAUGGUUGAACGUUGAGAGGGGUAUUAUGGCUUGAAGAAGAAACAAAAUAACACUUUUCUACGUACACACCAAAUUUACAUACAUAUAGCUGUCGACCAUCGGCCACGACAUUCGUCCUGCCAUCAAACCGACCAAUUCCGACUUCCUUUGGUGUUUCAAUCCUCAUUUUCCGUGGCCCAUUCUAGGGAACCACUAUUACCGCAGCUCGCCGACCCCUAUUUCUCCGUAAUUUUCACCCGCUCCCGAAAGGUUUGAGCCGUGAUCACGUGAGUGGGGAACGAAGCUGUAUCGAUAAUGUGUUUCCAAGUGAGGGUUUUCAGGAGGGUGUCGAGAGAGUGCUGAAGGGACGGGGAACUGCAAGGGGCGAGAGUAGUUCAAUGCUGUCGGUUCGCGUAGCGAUGCUUUUUUUGUAUCAACAUUCACCUAGAUAGAUUGAAGUGAAAUGUAUAUACUUG